UAAAAUCCCCUCAUUAAAUGAUCGCACAACAUUUUUACGCCGUUCUCUUACUUUUCGGUUGUUUAGCAUCACUGAUAACGUUGCGCGAAAAAAAUAAAAAUGAUAGCCGUACAGCCUUUAACAACGAUUUCAACUUAUCAGACGAAGGCAAUACUGGAAAUAAUACAUUAAACGUAAAUGAACUGUAUAAGUACGAAAGUUUCUUUGUUCGAAAUUACAAUGAAUCUGAAGACGAAACUAAAGUACGAAACGUUUAUAUACAAGGGUUAUUUGAAAUAGAAACAAAAAACGGUACCAGGCCAGAAGGAUAUAGUGAAAUGUUAUCAGCACAGCUAGCAAUCGAUCACAUCAAUAAGUACAAAAUACUACCUGGGUAUUCUUUAAAACUUCUAAUAAAUAAUACGAAAUGCGAUCCUGGAAUAGGUUUGGAUCGAUUUUUCCAUGCAUUGUAUUCUAAUAACACCGUUAUAAUGGUACUCACCGGAAGUUGUUCCACAGUAACCGAGGCUUUAGCGAAUGUAGUACCAUAUUGGAAUGUGGUUCAAAUAUCUUAUGCUUCAAAAUCACCAAUACUUAGUGAUAGAAAAAAGUUUCCUUUGUUUUUUCGCACGGUGGCUGUCGCGUCAUCGCACAACAACGCCAGAAUAGCCUUUGUAAAACAGUAUAAGUGGGAAACAGUUGCGAUAUUCAGUGAAAAUCAAGAAUAUUAUCUUCUUCCGCUUAACAAUUUUGUCAAAGAUAUGGAACUCGCAAACAUAUCUUGCUCCGCAACAAUAACAUUCUCAAAAGAAAACUUACUGGAACAACUAACGGUUUUAAAGGAAUUGGAAGUGAGAGUAAUUUUCGGAAGUUUUUCGUCAUCCAUAGCGCCGCAAGUAUUUUGCGAAAUUUAUAAUCUGCACAUGUUUGGAUCAGAGUACGUUUGGAUUUUACAGGAAGAAACUAAUUUGUGGUGGGAAGAUGCUAACGAUAAGUUGUGCGACAAAAAAGAAUUGUUACUUGCUUCAGAUGGAAUAUUUCUUACAUCUAAUCAUAAUAAUCUAUCAGAUGUUGUUUCUGUUUAUAAUUUAACUAGCAACGAUUUUUUUGCGGAAUUAAUAAGUUACACAAACAUAACAAUCUCUCAAUAUGCCCCUUUGGUUUAUGAUGCCGUAUGGACGAUGGCUUUUACAUUAAGAGAAGCAAUUGAAUAUUACGAUAUACAACCGAAGGAUUUUUCAUAUAAAAAUCAUCAGCAGCUACAAGCGUUUCUCAAAAUAAUGAAGAAAAUGCGCUUUAUGGGAAUAUCAGGGCCUGUCAUUUAUAAAGGGGCCGACCGAAUAGGAAGCACAAUUUUUAAGCAAUUACAACGUGGACAGACAAAUUCUGUCGCAGUUUUCGAUCCACUCUCCACUGCUUUGAACUUUGAUUGCAAAUUUUGUAAGCCAGUUCGUUGGAAGGAUAAUCAAGUCCCAGUGGCUAGAAGAAUUUUAAAAAAGCGCCUCGAAGCUGUACCAAAAUUGGCAUUUUACACAAUCUCAUCAGUGUCCAGUCUCGGAAUAAUUUGUUCUGUAAUAUUUUUGUAUUUCAACCUACACUUUCGUCGAAUGAGGACAGUUAAGCUUUCUAGCCCUUACAUGAACAAUACUGCAGUCAUUGGUUGCAUGACCGUUUAUUUAGCAGUUACAAUUUUGGGAAUGGAUAGUUCGUUUUUGCCUUCUAAAGACGGAUUCACGUAUCUUUGCAUAGUGCGAGUUUAUUUAUUAUCCGCAGGCUUUUCUCUAACUUUCGGUUCGCUUUUUGCCAAGACUUAUCGUAUACAUAGAAUUUUUACAUACAGACGUACAAGCUUUAUUAAAGACAAAUUACUAAAAGAUAAACCUUUGAUAGCCCUAGUUUGUCUCUUGUUGAUAAUAGAUGGGCUAAUAGUUAUUCUUUGGAGCGUGGUGGAUCCCAUGAAGUACAGCUUGUACGAUUUACCUAUCGAAAUAAGCGCAACCAAUAAAGGAGUUGCUUAUCAGCCUCAGGUGGAAACGUGCCGAUCGGAAAAUACGUUGGGAUGGUUCACAGCUAUGUACGGAUACAAGGGAAUUUUAUUGAUGAUGGUCGUUUAUAUGGCAUGGGAAACGAGACGUGUUAAAAUUCCAGAAUUAAACGACUCUCAGUAUAUUGGUAUUUGUGUGUACAGCGUAUUGUCGAGUACGCUGGUUAUAAUUCUUUCAAAUUUAAUUCCCAAUCAUCCGACAAUAACUUAUUUGACUACUGCAAUCAGUAUUCUAACUUCCACUACCAUAAUAGUUAUUUUACUAUUUCUUCCGAAGUUAAAAUCAAUUUUGGCCCGCGCUGAUCCUAUUGAUCCAAUUGAAAAAUCGAUGGGUUUGAAAACGGAAUUUAACACUAGAAGAUUUCUAAUAGACGACCCCAAAGAUCUCAUAUACCGUCUAGAAGCCCAAAAUAAAGUUUACAGGAACGAAAUACAACUUUUAGAUCAAGAAAUCACACGGUUAGAAAAUCAAUUGACGCAUGCAUCAUCAAAAGUCUCCAGUAUUUCCGGUUUAGGUGGUUUAUUUUUGAAGCACAAACGCGGAAGUUGCUGUGAGUAUAACACCUCAAGAACUUUGAAAACUCACAGCGGUGUCAGUAGAGCAUCAUGGCCCACCGAAGUCUCUGAUGUGGAUCAAACAUUUUCGCAAAAUUAUUCUGCUUUUAGUAGUACUGGAUCGACUCUCUACGAUCAAAUGAAAAGAUUGUUUGGAAGCAUUUCUUUGGUAUGGCAUUUUAAAGCAGAUGACGCAAAUUCAGAUGAUUCAGUUGAAACAAAAGAUGAAUUUGUUCCCUUGCCCAUUCCCGAAGAAGAAGAAGACGGAGAGCAAAGAUGGCUAUUUAAUGUUACCUCGGCGGUACAAUACAGUCACAAAGAUAUUAAUUUUGCUGCACAAACGGAAAAUGGGGGACAUAUGUCAAAAGAAAGAUAUUAGUACUUAACUAUUAGAUGAUAAUUAGUAAAAA